GGCUCGUCUAUGACCUAUUUAUAAACUGUCCACGUAAAACAUCCCUCCACUAAGAAUCUCUGUGGAUUCUGUAGACGCCAUACAAGUUUUGAGGGACAAAUCCUGGUAGUCUUGAAUACCCAGUAGAAACAAAAAGUGAAGAAAUACUAAGCGAGGUGUUAACAAGACACCUGCCAUCAUGGUGUGUUCCGAUGAAAGAUGGGGCCCAAUAUUUCUAAAGGUCAUCAACGUUAUCUUUAUAGUGACAAAUUGUCUUGCUAUUAUCUUCUCCCUGGCUCUUAUCAUACCCGGGGUCAUGAUUCUGGCAAAUGUUGACCUGAUCAACGAUAAUAUCCUCCCUCUGAUGAAACAGCUGACGUACGGGGGGUUUAAUCUGGGGGACGUGGCCACUAGUCUGUCCGUGACUCUUAUAGUGGUGGGCGCAAUCGUCCUCAUUAUAGCCAGCCUGGGCGCCAUAGGAGCUUUUUGUAACAGACCAGCCUGUCUGGACAUUUAUGCUGGCAUUGUUCUGAUUUUGUUUGUUGGGAAGCUGUUUGCAGUAUUUCUGUGGUUUGAUAUGAAUGCUAAACUUCAGUCGUUUAUCAAGACCCAGCUUCUGACAGUACUACAGUCGAACUACGCCGCCGACGAUCUGUCCUCCAACCAGAUCUCUACAGCUUUCAACUACCUGUUUAUGUCGAUGUCGUGCUGUGCUGUAAAUGCAUUGAAUGGAACUAUAAACGAUUUUGACCAAACACCCUGGAUAACAGGUGGAACAGCAGGAAGUAAAGAAAUCCCCACUUUCUGCUGUCAGGGGGUCACGCCAGAAUCCUUCUCUACAUACAACGACACAACAUGUACUGUCGACGUUACAGCUAACUACUACACAACGGGAUGCUACGAUGCAGUCUACAACGUACUCAACAGCUACUCAAUAGCAUUUAUAGUAAUUGGAAUAACUAUCCUAGUGAUAGAAGCACUUGCUGUAGUUACGGCUACAAACUACAUGCAUUACAAGACGAAACUAGAACAGAAAAAGAGAAGGAAAAAGAUCAAAGAAAUGAAGAAAGAAAAGGCAUAAAAGGGCCACGUGACACAAACCAAAGAUGGCGAUUCUACAAAUGUCAUCUCUCUCAAAAGAAUUGAAGAGAAAUUCUGCUGAUAUUAUGCCAUAUAUAACAUUUCAGUGGGAUAACUUAGGUGCUUAAUUGCCAUAAUGUAUAUGUAUAUCUGUAAAUACAUGUAAUUAUUCGGGAAUUUUAUACUUUUUUAUCCAUUGUUGGAAUUGUUGACAAUUAUAACAAGAAAGU